AAAUUUCAAUAAAUUUCAGUUGUUGUUGCUGUUGAACUUAUCGCGAUACUCGAUUUCCCGGUUUUCGCUUUCAAACUUUUCGCUUUAACGUUCUUUCGCUUUAAAACUUUUCGCUCUUACGUUCUUUCGCUUUUAAACUUUUCGCUCUUACCUCCCAUUACCCAAUCGAAUAGCUACGCUAGUUUUACAAUGAAUAAUUCUUUAAAUAAUGAGUUGAAUUACAAAACGAAAAAAAUUUAUAACUGUUUAGAGAUACAUUUAACAAAAACGGUUUGUAUGAGUGGUUCUAAAAGUGUUAAACAGACGUCUAACAAAAGAAAACCAGAAAUAUGUCUAGAAGAUCUUCAUUUUCCCGAUGAUCUUGAAAAAUCAUUCUACGAUGGCGCUCUAAUCAAUGAAUCUUUAUGUAGUCCAAAAAGAAUUAGUAAAGCAGAAAGUAAAGAUCAGAUACUGAAUGGUAGCAUAAAUAAAAUCAAUACUGUACCGAAAAAAUUUAGCAUACGGAACUGCGGUUUGAAUAAGGGUAUAGCGCAUCAAAUACGGAAAACGAAAGAGCAAAUUGUCCCUGAGUCGCCGUUUAUUGACAGCAGCAUUUACAAUUGUAAAAAUAAGGUGUUUAUUGUGCCUGAAACACCAAUGGUAAAUUUCAUUAACGAAAACAACAAAAGACUUGUACCUAAAACACCCAUGAUAGAUUUCAACGAAGAACCAAAAUCAAUAUUUGUGGCGUGGGAAAAUCCAAUAGUAAAUUCCCAUAAUGGGGCAAGGAGGUUUAUUGUGCCCGAGACACCGUUAGUCGAUUUUAAUAGCGAAAAAAAAAAGUUUUAUUGAUUAACAUUUUAUAUUAUUAAUGAAAUUAAAUAAAACCAUUUUAAAAAUUA